AUGGCCAUGGCUGAUAAUUCCAAGGAAGAGUUUCUGAAUCUGAUCAAGCGAGUUGGGGCUUUUCUCACUGUCAAGAUUUCCAAUCUCUUGCCGGACCUGGAUUCACGAUCUAUUGUGGCUAUAGCUUGUUUAGCAUUUGCAGUUUUUUUUACUUGGAGACUAUUGACACUACCUAGUGGGACUCAAAGAAGGCAACAUAAAAGUUCGGCUGGGGCAACUAGUUCUGGUGCUAGUACUCGUGCAACUGCAGAUGUAACAUUUUCCAGGGUUAGCAAUUCAUCAGAAUUUUCGAACACUCAGAAUGCAGUGAAUGAGCUCUUUCAGCCUGUGAAGCCAACUCUUGGUAAAAUAGUCAGACAAAGGUUGAAUCAAGGGAGGAAGGUUACAUGCCAGUUGCUAGGUGUAAUCCUUGAGGAAAGCAGCCCAGAGGAGCUGCAGAAGCAAGCAACUGUAAGACCCUCAGUGCUAGAGGUGCUGCUUGAGAUCGCAAAAUGUUGUGAUCUUUAUCUCAUGGAAAGGGUGCUGGAUGAUGAAAGUGAAGAGAAAGUUCUUGUAGCUUUGGAAGAUGCUGGAGUUUUUACAUCUGGUGGCUUAGUUAAAGACAAGGUUCUUUUCUGUGGGACAGAGAAUGGGCGGACAUCUUUCGUAAGACAACUAGAACCAGAUUGGCAUAUAGACACGAAUCCUGAAAUUGUCACCCAGUUAGCGAGAUUCAUCAAAUAUCAGCUUCACAUCUCUGCUAUCAAGCCUGAAGGAUCGGCAUCCAACGUUUGCACCACUACAUCCUUGGAAAAUUUCUUUGGACUCGUUUAA